AUGUCAUUACAAUCGCAAAAUCGUCUUAAACUAAUAAUACCGAAACAAAGGUCUAAAGCUGAUAAAAUACUCAAAACAUGUACUCGAUGUCGACAACACAAGACCAAGUGUGAUGCAUUUCAAACCAACCCAAACCCCUGCACUCAUUGUUUCAAGAAGAAUGUCAAUUGUAAUUUGGAAAUUCUUAGUAAACCAACUGGUAGGGUUAAAGCAUUGGAUAUAGUUGAACGAUUAUCAUGUGAAGUUAGUGAUUUAAAACAUCUCAUGACCGAACUAAUACAGCGAAGAAACGACAUCGUUGAAUUGUUGAUUGAAAGAGGUAAACAGAUUGAAAAACAAGCCCAUAUUCAAUGUCAGAAGCAGUUACUGCCACAACAACAGCCACAAGAGCAACAACAGACGCAGAAGCCUAUUCUCAAGAGAUCAUAUACACCCCCAGUUUCUGCCAUCCAAUCCUGUUUGAAUACCCCAUAUACAUCACCCGAAUCCACAAUCGAGUCAUAUACAAUAGAGGAGACAAAGGCUUUAAAUGUAUCUGACAGCUCAAAAUUUACCAUCAACGCUAAUAGCAAAGUCAAACCAAUAUCAAUAACUCAUAAACAAGCCCAAUACUAUUUCACAAAUUACGAGCGUAAUUUCAACAAAUAUCUUCCCAUAUUCCCCGAUGAAUUCUUCCAAUCAACCAAUUUAAUCGAAUUUCAUACAGAGAAUGAAUUGGCUUUUUGGUGUAUUAUUUUAACAGCCCAUUUAAACCAAUUUCAUCUAGCUGAUGACUACAAAUUACUCACUGAACAUGUCAAAUCACUCGUGGUUGAUAAAUGUUGGUUCAAUACUCCGAGAUCAGUAUAUAUAAUAUCAUCAUUGUUGAUAUUGACCACCUGGCCAUUGCCUAACCAUCAACAUACCAAGAUUGCUGACAAUUUAAGUAUUAAAUUUGUUAGUUUGAUGAAGUCACUUUCAUACCAAUUUGGUUUGCAUAAAUUGGAAUUUAUUAGUGAAUUUAGUCACAAGACCAAAAUCAACCUAUCACAAGAAGUUAAUUUGAAUAAUCGAAUCAGAGAACGCAUUUAUAAAUUUGUAAAUAUAAAUUCAAAUUAUUGGUUGAUCAAUUUGGGUUUAUCAAAUAAUACCUACAAUGGGUUCAAUCAAGAUUAUAUCUUGAACAAGGCAUCGAAUAUCGAUAUUCAUGAUUCGUCGAUUGCUUCAUCAACCAAUGAUCAUUAUAUCAAUUGUCUUUUGAAAAUAUCCAUGAUUCAACUGAAGUUGAAUGAAAAUAUGAAUGCCUUGAUUGGUGAUUCGUUGGAAUACGGUGAAGACCAUAUUACCAUGAAGUUGUUGCCUAAUCAAAUCAAUACGACAAAAUUGAUCAAUUUCAACAUGUUUGAAAUUAUAAUUGAUGAUUUAAAACAAACUAUGGCCACAGUGCAACGAAAUGAUGAUGUUUCUGGCGCUGAAGAUUCAUUUAGUUCUGAUUUAACCAAUUUGAUUCAGAUUUCCAUUGCUUAUUCAAAGUUGCAAUUGUUUAUUUAUUCAUUAUCGAAAUCUGAUAUUUCACUACUGGAGUACAAGAUCUAUGUAUCGAAAUUGAUUGCGUGUUGUAUGCAAGUAAUUGAGCUCACUCAAUUACAGGCAAAUUACAUGGACUUGCCAAUUUACUACAAAUUCCCCAUUGAAUUAACACUAUUGACAUUAUUGCGCAUUUUCAAAUCGCCAAUAUUGAAUUCAAUUGACGAAUACAAGAAUAUUAAAUUGUGUUUUAAUAAAGGUUACGAAAUGGUGUUUCAAUUUAAAGACUGGCAAUUUAUGAAUACUAAGUUACAUCGGUUAAUUGAAAUGUUUAAUAAGUUGCCAAAUGAAUUUAUAGCACUUCAACUGAUUAAUGAUACGACUGAAGAAGAAGAAGAUCAACAACACACAAGAGACGGGUUCUUUUUAAUUUCCAAGAUGAAGAACUAUCUUGUUUCUAGUUUACAAUAUGAGAUGAUUUGGUUAAUUUAUCAACGUCAACAUGUCCAACGCAAUAUUGAGGUUGCUGAUGAGUUGAGUCUUGAGCAAUGGAAUUCAUUUGGAGUUUAUGAUAGACAAUUGAUGAAUUACUUGAAAGAUAAUGAAUCAAUUUUUUAA